GUGCUUCCCCUGACUAUGCCGUACUCACUUCUGCCCGACCCCCAGACGGAGGAGGACAGGAAGAACCUGCUGCGGCUACAGGACCUGGUGGACAAGCUGCAGCUGAAGGUCAAGGCCUACAAGCGCCAGGCCGAGGAAGCGGAGGAACAGGCCAACACCAACCUGUCCAAGUUCCGCAAGGUGCAGCACGAGCUGGAUGAGGCAGAGGAGCGGGCGGACAUCGCCGAGUCCCAGGUCAACAAGCUGCGGGCCAAGAGCCGCGACAUCGGCGCCAAGGGCUUGAACGAGGAGUAGCUGUGCCACAUCUCCUUGAUCUGCCCCAUCCUGAGGGUGCAACGAAGCUCCCAGUCCUGGAGGCCGGAGAGCAGCCCCUUUAGAGGAAGCGGAAUAAAGCAAUUUUCCUUGAAGUGAGA